GGGGGAAGUCACAACAUCUAGGUGUGUGCAGACCGGCAAGGUGUUAGCACCCCGCGGCUAGUUCCUCUGUGCUUGAUGAACCCGACCAUACUAGCCUUGGCGCGUCAUGCCGCAUCAUUGCCGUGGCAGUGUCUGUCAACCCAUGCGAUCCCGUGUACAUUGUCUAUAUGAAUGAGUGCAACGUUCGUCCCAUGGCAAUUCUUUCCGCCUCUCGACGACAACUCAGACAGUCGACAGUGACCUAGGACAGAGCAUACACGCGCUCAGAAUCACUUCCGGGGCAUCGACCUUCACGACGAGACGAUGCGGUUCGGUCUGCUCCAAAGUGGCUGCCUAUUCGCCUUGGCUGCCUCUGCAUAUGCAGCGUCACUCCCAGACAAGUUGACACUCCUCGUGCCUCCGAGCCAUGUGCAGGUCAACUCGACGGUGUGCCCCGGGUGGUCGAUGCCCGCAGACGAGACGCGAUACUACGGCUUCAUCGAGGCCAUGAACAUCACCAUAUUCGCGCCAAAUGGCACGGACAUCAGCAGCGUCGGCGUGAACACCGUUCCCGACAACAUCACGGGCCACGGAGAUUGCGGUUCAUAUCCUGGCUCGAGCUACUCCGGCUGCGCCGUCGUCGCGGACACGGGCACGUACACCAUCCGGUGGAAUUUAACGUACACGAUGUCGGCGGACCCGUCCCAGGCGAACGCGUCGUACUGCGGGCCCGCGCCGUUCUCGACGCAGAUAUUCGUGCUGAACCAGACUUUUGACACGUUCACGGUCUUGGGGCAGGGUAAUGCGCACACGAACACGGAGAUCACCACGACUACGACGCUACCGACGAAGCCGACGGGCAACUUGAAGGUCGCUGGGGCUCUUGAUAUGCGCGUGUCUGGCGAAGUAGGAUGGAUCGGUGCGGCUGCCGUGGUGAUUGGAAUGAUGUUGACGAUCUGAAUGCCUGAGCGGGACUCUGAUUUUGCUGUUAGCGUACAGGUAUAGUUAUUAUACUCACGAAUACGAGAGGACAGUGUCUGUUGGAAGUCAUGUAUAUUCGGAAGUAGGCAGAUUGUCAAUGCUUCUGUGGCUAUUCUCAGGAUGUGUCUCGA